AUGCAUAUCGGAUCUCUUCUCAUAGCCCUCGUGGGCAUGACCGUCGUCACCGAAGCCGCCGUCAUGGACCGUGGAUCCCCGGAAUCAAACAGCUUGGACCGAAGACAACAGGGAGUUAGACAAGGCGGCGCCGGCCGAGCUGCAAACCAAGGCGUAGACAACAACAUCAACAAGAACGGCGGUGGCAUCAACAAGAACGGCGGUGGCAUCAACAAGAACGGCGGUGGCAACAACAAGAACGGCGGUGGCAACAACAAGAACGGCGGUGGCAACAACAAGAACGGCGGUGGCGACAACAAUGUGCUCAACUCCCUCGAGCUGAGUCAGAACGUCCUCAACAAAGGAUCCCAGAUCACGGGUCAAGAGGGGGGUGAUGGCGAUCCGGGACAAUCCCCUUCGGUUCCGAGCAACAACAACAACAUCAACUUUUGCGAAGGCAAGACAAUCACGGAUGGUUUGCAGAUCAAGAAGGGUUCUUGCAACCCUGGUAUGGGCAAUAUGCCGACUGAGGACGGAAUGGUGGCCACCGCCAUUACGAGUCCCAAGCUAUGCGAAAACCUGCCUGCCAACAAGCCAAUCACCCUCACUGCCGUCUUGUCCAACAUACAACUGGGCGCAUUCACGAACCCCGACAACACAUACUACGCCGCUAAUCAGGACCUGCUCAAAAACAAAGUCAUUGGCCAUACGCACUUUGUCGUUCAAACCGUGGGAAAUAAUUUUGUUAGCAAAAUUCCGCCCCCGGCCAAGACGUUUGCCUUCUUCAAGGGUGUCAAUGAUGCCGGCCAGCAGAACCAAAAAGGCGACUCCACGGUCACGGAAAAUAUUGCCCAAGGGCUCAAAGCCGGCUGCUACAGAUUCUGCACCAUGGCGGGAGCUGCCAAUCACCAGCCCGUCCUUAUGCCCAUCGCCCAGCGUGGUCCCCAAGACUCGUGCACCUUCUUCAGCGUCGGCAACCAGAACUGCGGUUGUGUUCUUAACAACGGCCAGAAAGCUCAGCAGGCUCAGCAGGCUCAGCAGCAGCCAAAACAGGCUCAGCAGAAGCAGAACAAGGGGAAGAAUGGCAAGAAGCCGCAGGGUCAGGCAGGAGGCAGGAGGUUUAGGUAA